AAACAAAUGGAGGACCCACUGGAAAAGCCAAGCCACUUGGAUUUGGUGUAUGUUUCUCACAUGACUGAUUUUAGUCUCUUAAAUCAGCAAGAAGUCCUAAAACCGAGACUGCUCCUCAAAGUCCACAGAUUGCCUGAGGUACAUGCACUUCUCUCUGCAAAAAGCUCAGUGAUGACCUGUUGAAUUGAAGAAGCUGAAGCUCAUAUAGGUCUUUCUGUUAACGCUGCCUCUUUACAAACCCAGGAGCUAAUAAAUCUUUUAGAGAUAGAGACAGUAUGACAGCAGUAGCAGUGGGUGGAGCUUUUCUCUCUGCUUCCCUUCAGGUGUUGUUUGAUCGGUUGGCUUCUCGGGAGGUCGUUGACUUCAUCCGGACAAGGAAACUUAAUGAUGGGAUGCUCAAGAAGUUGAAGAUCAAGUUGUUGUCAGCUAAUGCAGUGUUGGAUGAUGCUGAGGAGAAGCAAAUUCGAAACCGAGCGGUGAGGGAUUGGCUUGAUGAACUCAGAGCAACAAUAUAUGAUGCUGAGGAUUUGGUGGAUGAGAUCAACACUGAAGCUUUGAGAUGCAAGCUGGAAGGUGAUUCUGCAAGAGGCUCAAGUCAGGUACUAAACCUUUUAUCAACAAGAUUUGCAGCAUUCAAUGAAAAAGUAGACUACAAGAUGGAGGAGAUCCUUGAUGGGUUGGAAUUUAUUUUGGAACAAAAAGAAUUCUUAGGUCUCAAAGAAGGCAUUCGAGGAAUUAGCAGACCUCAGCGAUUACCAGCAACUUCUUUGGUAGAAGAAUCUGGUGUCUAUGGCAGAGAUGCUGACAAAAUUGCUAUAAUUGAGUUAUUACUAUCAAAUGAACACAGAAGUAGUAAGGUUUCUGUGAUUCCUAUAGUGGGCAUGGGUGGCAUUGGCAAGACCACCCUUGCUCAACUAAUUUACAAUGAUGAUCAUGUGAAGAAACAUUUUGAGAUCAAAACAUGGGUUUGUGUGUCAGAUGAAUUUGAUGUUAUUAGAAUAACACAAAUGAUUCUCGAGUCGGUCACUUGUCUAAAAUGUGAUAGCAAAGAAUUAAAUAAACUUCAAGUUAAAUUAAAGGACAUAUUGACAGGAAUGAAAUUUCUCUUCAUUUUAGAUGAUGUUUGGAAUGAAAAUUACAUGUACUGGGAUACUUUGAAGAAUUCUUUCGAAUCUGGUGCACAUGGAAGUAAAAUUAUUGUGACAACACGUAGUGAAGAUGUUGCGAAUAUGAUGCAGAAUGUUCAAAAUCAUAACUUACAGAUAAUAUCUGAAGAGGAUUGUUGGAAAUUAUUUGCGAAACAUGCCUUUGCUAAUAGAGAGUUAAGUUCACAUCCUGAUUUGGAGGAAUUGGGAGACAGAUUGUUAGGAAGUGUAAAGGUCUUCCUUUAGCUGUGAAAUCGCUUGGUGGUUUAUUGCGCUCUGAAUCAAAUCCACGAAAAUGGGAAAAUGUACUAAAGAAUGACAUAUGGGAGUUACCUGAAAAGGAAAAUAACAUUCUUCCAGCUCUAUGGUUGAGCUACUAUAAUCUUCCA